AUGGACUGGGGUCAGAAUGAUCUGCCUUCUCCGGUGGUUCGAGAUGAUGAAGUGACAGUUGCUGCACGCAGAAGAAAGAAGAAAGUGGCCUUCCCAUCCCCUGGAAGUCCUAUUGCUUCAACUGGAACACCAGCUCGCUUCUUUCUGAAGAAUACUCCUGCUUCUUUGUUUAGGCAGGCUGUAACUCCUCGGGUCCCAGAUGCUUCUUCUAUUUUGGCUCCUGGAGGUAGAACUCCACGAUACACACCCAGAGGUGUCCCCUCCAGCCUGAACUUAGACGACAGUGAUUGGACCAACAGCAUGUACAUCUCCCCUGUGUCUGGAUUUGAAAACACUAGUUUCUUUACAGAUGACAUUACAAAUCUUAGUUCUGCACUGCUAAAGGAGGAUGACCCUGGAGAGACUGCCGCUGCAAGUUUAUUUAGCGGUUUUCUCAGUUCCUUCCAGAAGCAUUCUUUGUCUGCAGUAUUUGACUUAUUAGAGGAUUAUCAAGCUCUCUGUCAAGAAAAGGUGGAUGUGCUUCAGUCUGUGGUCCUUCGAGCGGGUCAAAACAGUAAAACGGCCGGAGUGAGGUGGCUGCUGCAACAGGAAAAUAGCACCUGGAGACUGAUUAACUCUCUCUACAGAGAUCGAGUCCAGUUGGCUCUUGAAGAUGAUGUAAUGAUGGAUAUAGGUGUUACCAGUGAGAGUGAGAAAACUGUGGUAGGACAGCUGUUUCAGCGAGAUGCCAUAAUACGGCAAAGUCAGCUUGUUGUUGAUUGGUUAGAAAGUAUUGCCAAAGAUCAAAUUGGAGACUUCUCUGACAAUAUUGAAUAUUAUGCAAAGAACGUUUGUUGGGAAAACACACUCCAUGCAUUAAAGAUGAGGCGCAAAAGUGGUUCUGCAAUUACAAUUCCACUAGUUACUGAGCUGGAUCCAGAUGCACCUUUUCGUCAGAAACGCCCUCUGGCUGAUCUGGACAGAGAAGAUGAUGCUCGACUGCUCAAGAACUUAUUCACUCUCAUCAGAGCAGGAAUGACUGAGGAGGCUCAAAGGUUGUGUAAGCGUUGUGGUCAGGCUUGGCGAGCAGCAACUCUGGAGGGUUGGAAGCUCUACCAUGACCCUAACCUCAACUCGGCAAAUCUAGAACUCCAACUUGUUGAAGGAAAUCCACAAAGGGGUAUCUGGAAGGCAUGUUGCUGGCGGAUGGCCGAAGAGGAGCAGAUAAAUCGAUAUGAGAAGGCCAUAUAUGCCUGUCUUAGUGGAAAUCUGAAACCGCUCCUGUCAGUAUGUGAGUCUUGGGAAGAUUAUGUCUGGGCACACUUCAGAGUGAUGGUUGAUUCGUUGGUCGAAAAAGACUUGAUGUCAUCGGGCAUGGCUCACCAAGAGGUAGAGAUGUUGCCGCGCGAAUACCUCGAGGCAAAUUGGACAAUGGAAAAAGUAUUUGAAGAACUUCAAGCCUCUGAGUCAAAGAGAGUUCUUGAGGAGAUCAAAGAACAUUACCACGUUGUACAAAAGUUCAUCAUUCUUGGCGAUUUAGAUGGUCUUUUGGAUACAUUUUCUGAAUGGCUUACUGCUGCCAAACCACUUCCUGCUCAUCUGUUGCGUUUUAUGACCCAUGUCAUCUUGUUUUUUCGUUCUCUUGGAUUAGCACUUAAGGACGACGUGUGUGUGAAUGUUUUGACAUCUUACGUGUCCUUGCUGAUACAAGAUCAGCAGAUUGACCUUGUGGCCAGCUACGUUAGCCAUCUCCCGUCUGACCUUGCUACAGUGCAGUAUGCUUCAUUUCUAGAAAACAUCACCCAGCCAGAGCUUAGACCUCGCUGCCUUGAACUUGGCACUGAAGCAGGCCUGGAUGUGACUGCAAUUACCAAACUUGUUGUGGAAAAUGUGAGGGAGGCAGAUGAAACUGAGUUUACUCACCACAGCCAAACCAUAGAGACUGGAACUACAAAGGAGGAUCAAAAUAAGAUAGAUAUUAUUGACUGGCUAUUGUUUGAUCCUUCUCACCGAGCAGAGGCUCUAAAGCAGUCCAAUGCCAUCAUGAGGAAGUUUUUGGCUCUUCAGAAGCAUGACGCUGCUAAGGCAGUAUUCUCUAAGGUCCCAGAGGAUUCAAUGAAAAAGAUUUACAGCCAGUGGACGGGAAUCAAUGACUCGACAAUGCCUGCUGAAGAUGAGAAUGGCAUCAGAGAACACCUCUGCAUUAGAGCCUACUUGGAAGCCCAUGAUGCGUUUACCGAGUGGUUCAACCAUAGUAGCUCUGCACCCCAAAAACCAGCACCUGCGUCUGAGGCCAAAUUCACAGAGAAAGUGGCAAAUGAAAUGAGAGAGAAAGAAUACCAGGCUGCACUAGCUGCUUGGUCCUGUCGGCUGGAGGUUCUCACUGAAGAUGUCAAAGAAAGAAUCUAUAAUGUGCUGUUGUUUGUUGAUGGAGGAUGGAUGGUCGAUAAUCAGCCGGAUGAGGAACCAGAUUCAGAGCGCAGUCAUCAGAUGACAGCUCUCCGGUCUCUCUGCCUUCCUCGACUAAGUUUUCUGUUGCUGAGCGUGUUACAGAACUCCUCUAGGCAUCAAGAGGCUCUAAGACUUGCAGACAUAAUCUCUUCUGAUCAACAUCGCCUAUACCAGGUUUUCUCCAAGGAGGAGUUAAGGCGUGUACACCGAUACAACACUCUGACAAUGUCAUCGGAGAAGGAAUUCGUCUCUGACACCCCUGAUGAUACAAAACUGGUCAAGCCAAAGGUAGAGUUUCAGUCAUUACUACAACUUGCUGGUGCGACAAAAGAUGUAUUUACCAUGAAAGAGGUUAUGUUUUAUCUUGGACAGUACAUCAUGCAGAAAAAGCUGUAUGACCAGAAGCAGCAGCACAUUGUCCACUGUGAACAGGACGCACUUGGGCAAGUUCUGGGUGUUGAUAGUUUCUCAGUUAAAGAACCUCGUGCCUUGUUUGCUAUGCUCACAAAAAACCUGAUUGCUGUGAAGAACCAAGACUCUUCAUCAAGUGAUAGCCAAAGUGGCAGCGAGGCCAACAAAAUCACAGAGGGAGGGGCUGAAAGUUGUGCAUCUUUGGACAGAAGAAGACGGAGGAGGAGAAGGAGGCGGCUAAUGAGUGGUGAUACAGGUCCCUCUCAAAGCACAGAGGCUGGAGAUAUGGUGGACGACUCUGAGGAGGAGGACGGGCCAAAGCGGAGGAGAUCAGACAGUUACUCUCUGACGUUUGAUGAGAGUCUAUCGUGGUGUGUGAUUGGUGGAUUGGGAGGAGGGCGGGACAGACACAGUAGCCGCUCUUCAGAAACUCUCAGCACUUCAGAGAAAUCAGAGGUUGCAAUUCCAGCAUCAGACACUGACAGUGACAACUUCAGUGUUGAAUUUGAGGUUGAGUCCAUUGAUUCGGAUGACUAUAAUGAAGAUGAUGGAUCUGUAUCUGGAGAUGAUCAGGUUUACGAGGUUACAAUCAUCGAGGCUGAAGAUGAAGAAUCCUUUGAUGAAGACACUGAAAUCAGUGAAGCUGACUAUUGGAAAUGUGGAACAUGUGAAGAGUUGAACCCACCACUCCCAAGAAACUGUCAACGCUGCUGGACUUUGCGGCGGGACUGGCUGCCUGAAGUGAUCAAAUCUGAUCCAGGCCCCAAAUGGCUCCCUGCCAAACCAAAAGAAUUGGAGGCUCAAAAAAGUCCAGGUUCUGAUGCUGAAGAAAAUGAUGGAGUUGAUGUCCCGGAUGGUAAAAGGUCAAAAACCCUGGAUGACUCAACUGUCUCUGUCCCAGAGUCCAGCUGUUCAGCUCCAAACUCCCAGGAGCUGUCCUCAUCCCUCCCGUCCUCUUUCUCAUCAUUCUCACAGGACAAACUCUGGACCGACUCGCAGCCAUCUUCAUCAGAUUCUCAGGAAACUCUUCCCUGCUCACCUACAGCAAUGUCUUCAGUCAAUGCUGCAAUGACUGUGCCUGACCUGGAGCGCAGUGUGUCGGCCGAGUCUCGGCUGCCAGACUCCUGUCUGGACCCUUGUCUUAUCUGCCAGACGCGGCCUAAGAACGGCUGUAUAGUUCAUGGGCGAACAGGACACCUCAUGUCCUGUUACGUGUGUGCGCGUAAACUCAAGAAGAGAAACAAGUUAUGUCCAGUGUGCAGGAUGCCAAUCCAGUCUGUCAUUCUGACUUACCUCAGCUAG